ACAAAUGUUAUUGGUGCCUAAUCCCUUGUUGCUGGAAGGACUGUCUAAGAAAUUGUGUUUAAAUCAAAACUACACCCUUUUGACAAAUUUUUAAACUGACAUUAUCCGAACAAUUACCAAAGGAUAGAAGGACAAAGAACCUAUGUGCGUUAAUUCAGCAUUGUUCCUCAGAGGUUCCUUUAUUCGUGGAUGACACUCUGUUGACGCUAAGAGGGAAAUUGUCUUAGAAGAGCAUCGUAUAUAAGAUCUUCGUACCCCGGAUAAAAAACUAAACAGUUUAGGACAGCGGUAAAAUGCAGCACUUUCCGUACCCGUACUCCGCCGAGCAAUUAGCCUGUUUGCGGAACUACCAGAUAGGUCUGUUGGCGGCAACUUCUCGCAGCAACAAUCCUACCUUAUUCACCAUAGAUAAUAUUCUCUCCCCUCGUCCUUUGAGUCUGCAGCAGACGACACCUGAAGUCAGACCACCGCCAUAUUCCAUAUCCCAUCUCACUCAGCUACAGCGAGACUAUUAUGCUCGGUACCAACAUCCUUUUCAAGGUUUAUUCAACUCAUUUGACUUUGAUAAACUGGGACAAAAGCGAAAACGACGACAUCGCACUAUUUUUACCGAAGAGCAACUGGAAGAGUUGGAGAACACUUUUCAGAAAACACAUUAUCCGGAUGUGAUGCUUCGGGAGGAACUAGCCAUGAAAGUAGACCUGAAAGAGGAAAGAGUUGAGGUUUGGUUUAAGAAUAGGAGGGCAAAAUGGAGGAAACAAAAAAGAGAGGAAGAAUUAAGUAAAUCGCGCACAAAAUCAGGCAGUUCUGUGGAUAAAGCGGAACAGAACAAAGACAAAGACCACUCGGAAACCUCGGGAUCUGCUGGUUCAUCGGAAGGCCUCGAUGAUGUUGAGGUGUGUGUUGACGAUGACGUCAGUGAAGACUGUGCAAACUCUAGCGCCGCAUUCAGUGAGAGCAGCUUCUCUACAAGCUCCGAGGACGAGGAGACCGAACACAUUGUCGACUAUAGCAAAAAUCCAAAACUUUCCGAACAGACAUUUCUGAAUCAGUCACGUGAACAAUGUGGUGAUGCGCCAUCUAGCGAUAAAGAACAUGUUUCAGACAGUGCAAUAAAUUCAAUCCACAAUGCAGACUCCGGGGACCAUGACAAUACCAAUGAAAAAUGACAGCUUCGGGUUAUUCACGUGGGUAGGCUUGAACACUAUAUGCUGAACAUUGUCGCUAUGUCAGUAUUCUUCGUUUGUCAUCGAAGUCUUUAUUUAUUGCUCCCCUCCAGUUAGCCGGGUAGCUGGAUAAUCCAGAGACAAAAAAAUAAAACACCGUUCAGUAGAUUUAGUCACGUGUCCUCUUCACAGACACAUGCAGUUGAAAUGUUGUGAGAUGCCAAAAAACUAGAUUAUGAUUGUUGUUAAUAAAUUGUCAAAAAUA